AUGGGACACGUUCGCUGCAUCUCCACAACCACUGUUCAACCCACAAGCCAGAACGAGUCCACUCAGAGAAUUGAGUUAACUCCAUGGGAUCUGCAGUUCAUCCUAUUCGGCUACGCCCAAAAGGGCCUUCUCUUCCACAAACCAAACUCCACUACUUAUGACAAGUACCCAAACAAAAGCUUGAUCCAACACCUACAAGCCUCCCUCUCCCUCACACUAGACAUCUUCUAUCCCCUUGCCGGCCGUCUUGCCAUCACCGAAAAUGAAGACGACAACACCACCUCCUUCUCCGUCAAUUGCAAUGGCGUCGGAGCCCAAUUGAUCCAUGCUGUUGCUGAUGGUGUCACGGUUGCUGAUAUUCUUGACCCUGUUUUGGUUCCCAGUGACAUUGUUCACUCAUUCUUUUUUAUGAAUGGAGUUUUGAACUAUGAAGGCGUGUCCAAACCCUUGCUUGCAGUACAAGUAACAGAGCUGGUUGAUGGCAUUUUCAUAGGUUUUACCAUGAACCACUCUGUCGUUGAUGGAUCAACAUUUUGGCUUUUCUUCAAUACUUGGUCAGAAAUCUCUCGGCAUGCAGAAACUAGUACUGCAAAUUGUGGAAAAAUUUCGCAACCUCCUCCUAUUUUCAGCCGUGAACUUUUUGACGGCAUCAUUGAUUUUCCGGUUCGAAUUCCAAACUUUCACAAUCAAAUCCCGAAAAAUAGGUCUUCCACACCACCCGCCGCCCUCCAUCAAAGAAUAUUUAAAUUUUCGAAAGAAAAAAUUGCUCAACUCAAAGCCAAAGCCAAUGCCGAGAUGGGCACCACUAAGAUCUCAUCCCUUCAAGCACUCUUGGCUCAUCUUUGGUUGUCCAUAAUCCGCAACAAACAUCUCAACCCCGACCAAGAGACCAAGUAUACCUUACAAAUAGGCUUAAGACAAAGAUUCCAAUCGCCGUUACCUGAAGAGUACCUCGGAAAUCUGGUUCAGUUUGGCACGGCGACAUCCACCGUGAGCGAUUUGCUCGAGCACGGACUAGGCUGGGCGGCUUGGGAAAUAAACAAGAUGAUUGCUUCCAAGACAAAAAACGAGGUGAGAAAGUAUUUGGAGGAAUGGAUAGAGAGUCCAAAACUGUUCCAACUGAAUAAUUUGGCAAGCGAUUACUCAUUCGGGACGGGAAGCUCACCGCGGUUCAAUAUGUACGGUAAUGACUUUGGUUGGGGAAGGCCUCUGGCAGUUAGAAGUGGCGCAUCCAACAAGGCUGAGGGAAAGUUGACAGUGGCUCCUGGGGCAGAAGAUGGAACUAUAGAGUUUGAAGCUUGUUUGCCACCUCAGACACUGCAAGAUUUGGCCGAGGACGCAGAGUUCAUGGCCAGCUUGUCCAAAUGA